AUGCUUAACGACACAGCUAAAGGGCUCAAGCAUGUCUAUCAGCUAUCACAUCCAUCCCAGGAAGACCUCAUCUAUGAUCUCUUCAAAUGCCCAAAGAAGCCUGAUGAAGCAUCAUUAGGCAAAUUACUUUCUGUGCUCCGGUCCUUCGGCAUUCGCGAAGAUGAUCCACGACUGAAGCAUACCAUCGAAAAGAUGCGCGAAUAUGAGUUGCAAUCAGUGGAUGACUCAGACACAAAGCACUGCUUGCUGAACAAAGACCAAUUCAGAGAAUGCAUUCGACCGAGCAUCAAUCUGAUUGCACAGGCUCUCCGUAACGAACUGAUCAUUCCAAGCUGGGGCGAAUUCAUUGCGAAAAUCGGAGAGAUGUUUCACAAAUGCUCUGAAUUACCCGAAGGCAAAGUAGCAGAAUCCACUCCGCAGUUGGCCAGAGCAGAUCCAAACAAGUGGGGAAUUUCGAUCUGCACAAUCGAUGGACAGCGAAUCAACUUGGGUGACGCGCGAGUGCCGUUUUGUUUCCAAUCCAUUUCGAAAGCAUUCAAUUAUGCAAUUGCAUCAUCGGAUUUGGGAGCCGAUUUUGUGCACACGCAUGUUGGACACGAGCCAUCUGGUCGUUUAUGCAACGAAAUUUGUCUGAACGCUAACGGGAAACCGCACAACCCGUUGAUCAACACCGGAGCAAUUGUUGUCACUUCGAUGCUCAAAAUGGGUUGCAAAAUGGCAGACCGUUAUGGUUUUGUAUGUUUUCUAGUAAUCAUCAGAAUGUAG